AUGUCCUCAUUCCGCUCCAUGCUCGGCGUGCCGCCGUCCACGGCCUCCACCCAGGACAGUGUCCUCGUCAUCAUCGACGCCCAGGGCGAAUACGCCGAGGGCAAGCUCAAGAUUUCCAACAUUGAGGCGUCGCGCCCCAACAUCUCUUCCCUGCUGGAGAAGUACCGCGCCGCCAACGCGCCCAUCGUCCACGUCGUCCACGAGACGCCCGCCGGCGCCCCUCUCUUCACGCAGGGCACGAAGCUCGCUGAGAUCUUCGACGAGCUCACGCCCAAGGAAGGCGAGGCUGUCGUGACGAAGCACCACCCCGGUUCAUUCGCCGACACCAACCUUCAGGAGAUCCUGGAGAAGUCCGGCAAGAAGAAGAUUGUGCUCGUCGGGUACAUGGCUCACGUCUGCGUCUCGACGACGGCCAGGCAGGGCGCGCAGAGGGGCUGGGAUGUCAUCGUUGCCGAGGACGCUGUCGGUGACAGGGACAUUCCCGGCGUGGAUGCUGCGCAGCUUGUGAAGGUUGCUCUGGCUGAGAUUGCUGAUGUCUUUGGCACUCUUGUCUCGAGCAAGGAUAUCAACUAG